AUGACCCCUGGGGAGCGCAGGCCCUUCGCUGCCGGUCAGAAUUCUUCAUCUAGGCCUGCAGGAGAACGUCAGAAUGGACCGCAGGAUUUGCUGGAUCUUGGCCGCUGUGCUGCUGUUGGGGGUCACCUGCUCAGCCCAGAAUCAACCUGAUUGUACUGUCGAUCCAAAAGCUCGGCUAAACUGUGGAUAUCCCGGGAUCUCCUCAGCUAUCUGCCAGUCCAAAGGCUGCUGCUUUGACUCCAGCCUUGCGGGGGUAAUCUGGUGCUUCGAACCUGCCGUGCAAGAAUGCGUCCUUUAAUCCUGAACAAUUCGCUGAAGGAAAUCUGCCACCUGUAUGUCCGCACCUUUUAUCAUCUUCAUACUUUUUCAGCUUUUUUCAACCUUCUUGCCACAAAGAAAAUUAAUGUUCAGGUCUCUGGAAACCACUGCUAAAACCAAUUCAUAAUGAUAGUAGAAAGAAUGUCCCUUAGUACGUAAGAAGAAUGCUCCCCCUACAGUGCUGAAGAGCAUCAACUUAAAGCGGGGGUUCCGCGGUCCGGACGUUUUAUUUAUUUUUGGUUCAUUAAACUCUUUUAAUCUUCAAAAGAUAGUACUCACAUAUUUAAGUUCUCUACUGCCCCGCAUUCUCCGCCUACAUCAAAUGUGUAUUCAUAAAAUGUUAUGCUGCCCGUUUCCAUUUUGCUUGUGGGCAGCGUGAAGCCCACAAACAAAUGCUUCCGGGAAGCGGGCGCAUUAGCUGUGUUGACGGCGAGCAGCGCCGUCAACACUUCUUCGUUGCCAUCACAACGGCCGACGUAAUAAAAAGUUCACGCCCCGUUGUGACGACAGGCACCUCUUAUUAGCAUCUGAAUCGUCUCCUGGGCUGUGCUCCCAGGAGACAUUGCAAACUCGCCCCAGGAAUCACUGGGGCGAUCGCAGCUAAAGCGACACGCCCACCCCCGCGGGAGCUCAACCAGGAAGUGCCUGGUUCAGAAACGACAAAACAAGGUAUGGAAUUGAUUUAAAAAUGUUAUGACAGCGAAUUUGAAAUAUAGACACUGAUCCCCUGUGAUUAACGUUGACUUUAAAUUAGGGUGAACCUCCGCUUUAACAGACAGCUAAAGAGAUCACUGAUGUCAUACAGCUGGCUCUGCCAAGUGGUGUUGGUCCCAGAACUAUGCAGGGACCAUCAAAUGGGAGGCCAGAUGGCCGCAGCUCAAGGAACCCUUUCGCAACCUUGUAGGAUUUUCAGGAGGGAUGGACAGCCGCACUCCAAAGGAACUUCAAAAGUUGUCUUUAUUUGUAAAAUCAAUGGAAAUUCAUCACAGAAUACAGUCAGAAAGGGGACAGCCGACGCGUUUCACAGUAAUCAGUGCUUAGUCAUGGCUUAGUCACCUUGGUUGAGAAUGACUGGAGUUUAAUCUUCAACUAUGUGUCAUAGUAGGUGUAGAAUGGGGGACAGAAAAAGACCACCCUUAACAUUGUGAUGGAUCUUUUUCAAAUGAAUUUCCUAUUAGUGAUCUUUGGUAAAAUUGUAGACUUUGGCAGUCUUUUCUACUUCAGAUCCCAAAAUGUCCUGGUUGAAAGUUUACCCAUAGAGAAAUGUUUACAAGAUUAAAGCCAAUUUCAGUCAA